AGUCGUCUCCGCCAUUAGUGUCUUAUGCGCUUUGCUGUAGUAUUUCAGAUUUUGAAACAUAAACGCACUUCUUCUUUAGUAGAGCAUACAAAGUAAUGUAAAUUAAUUAGUCAGUCACAGUCGGUAUAAAAAUAUAUAUGUUUUUCUUUUGGCAUUCAGUGGGUUUUCUUAACAAUAUCGUGCUUGACCGUCGGGGUGUGGGUGCGGUUCAGAAACAAACAACGAUAUUCCUAUUAAUCGUAUCCGUCGAAAUCUGAUUUCUCAGGAAUCUUAAACAAUAUGAAGAGAACUUUCAAAUUCUUUGAGAUCUUAAUACUGAUGUGCGGUGUGUUUGGUGCUGCAGAUGAAGUGAAGACCGUGUCAGUGAUGGAGGGAGAUUCUGUCACUCUAAACCCCGAUCUCACUCAAAUACAGGGAGUUAUUCAAAUAAUGUGGAGGUUUGGAGAUCCAGUUUUGACCAUUGCCAGAAUUGAUGAAGAUGGGAACUCAUUUUCUGAUGAUGAGAGAUUCAGAUUCAGAGGCAGACUGCAGCUGAAUCAGACCGGAUCUCUGACCAUCAAAAACAUGAGAAUCAAACACUCUGGACUUUAUCAACUAAAAAUCGACCACAACUCUGGGAUCUCAGAUCAGAAAUUCAGUGUUACUGUAUAUGAGUCUCCAUCUGUUUUUGCUGGGGCUGGAGCUGAAAUGAAGAUCAUGUCAGUGAUGGAGGGAAAUUCUGUCACUCUUCAUGUUCCUCAACUACAAGGAAAUGAGCUGAUAGUGUGGAGGUCUGGAGAUGAAGGAAAACUCAUAGCUAAACAUGAUACAGAGGCCAAGAGCUCACCAUUAUAUGAUACUGAUGAGAGAUUCAGAGACAGACUGGUGCUGGAUCAGACUGGAUCUCUGAUCAUCACAAACACCAGAAUCACAGACUCUGGACUUUAUACAGUGAAGAUCAGCAGCAACACACAGACCUUAUACAAGAGAUUCACUGUCACUGUCAGUGUUCCAGAUUCAGUACCAGGUCUGUCUCCAGCUGCUGUAGCAGGGAUAGUUGUUGUUGUUGUUGUUGUUGUUGUUUAUCUGCUGGUGUCUACAACUGUAGUUGGUUUGAUAUGCUACCGUCGCCACAGGACCACUAAUCUACCAACCCAAACGUGGUCAGUGCCGGCGGAGAUUGUAUCACUCUAAACCCUGAGACUGAAAUACAGACCAGUGAUGAGAUACAGUGGCUGUUUGGAGCUGAAGAGACUCUCAUAGCUGAAAUCAGAAGAAAGACCAGAGAGAUUACUAAAUAUG